AUGGCUGCUGAUCCGACAACGCCGGGACCGUCGAUGACCUUGCCGCAUGUCGAGAAAGGAAGCGAAGGGUUUCAAAAGCAACUGGAAGCCGCCGUCCAGCCGGAAACCAAGGAGACCUCCACGGACACCCCGUCCGAAGAUGACGACCAGGGACUGCACGAUAACUCAAACGUCCCUCAGCUGUCCUAUCCGAAGCUGUUCUGGUUCUUCUUCUACAACUUUGGCUGCUUCGCUUGGGGCGGUCCUGUCGCGCAAAUCGCCCUGAUCAAGGACAGGCUUGUGACCAAGGACAAAUGGAUCACCCUCGCUCGCUUCCAGCGAGUCUUCUCCGUCUACCAGAUCCUUCCCGGCCCCGAGGCGGCCGAAUUGUGCAUGUUCUUCGGCUGCUUGUCUGCGGGGAGGAUAGGCGGCAUCGUCGCGGGCAUGGCCUUCAUCCUGCCCGGGUUUGUCUUGAUGCUUGUGGCCAGUUAUGUGUACACGCUAGCCGGUUUCGAGAACAAGUACUUUAACGCUUCCUUCCGGGCGCUGCAGCCUAUCGUCGCGGCUAUGAUCCUGAGAGCAACUCACAAAAUUGCCGAGCACUCUGUGAGGAGGCAUGACACGAAAAAGAUCGACCCCUUUCUCGUCAUCGCAGCCGUGUGUACGGCGAUCAACUGCGCACUUCGCCUGAACAUUUUCAUCUCCCUCGGCCUGUACGGGAUCAUCUACAUGUUCGUCGCCCGCCGUCUGUGGGUCCCCGCUGCGGUGCUCUUCGUCCUUCAAUACGUAGGCUACGCCAUCUAUGCCGUCUUCCGCGGCGUGCCGUCGCCCGUGUCGCUCGCCCUCGGCGUCGCCCGCACACCGUCGCUGAUCAACCUCUUCGUCCUGGGACUGGUGGCCGGCUCGCUCUCGUUUGGCGGCGCUUACACGGCUAUCCCUUUUGUGCAGGUCGAAGCGGUCCUGCUGGGCGCGUGGCUCCCCCAGAGCGUGUUUAUUGAUGGCAUCGCCAUCGGGAAUAUCCUGCCGGCGCCGCUGGUCAUCUUUGCUACCUUUGUGGGGUUUCAGGGCGCGUAUUUGGAGAACGGGUCGGUCGGCAACGCGUUUGCAGGGGCUGUUGUCAUUACGCUGGGGAUGUUUUUCCCCUGUUUUUUGUUUACCAUUGCUGGGCAUGAGCUGUUGGAGAAGUUGGUUCGGAAUCAGUUCCUGGCUAGUUUCUUCGACGGUCUCUGUGGCUCGGUCAUUGGUGUUAUCGCCAUGAUCGCGGUGGAGAUCCUCAAGGCUAGCGUCGUGGGCACCUUGAACAAAGGCAAGGAAAUGACUCUUGAUGAGGCGGCUGCCGUAACCGCCCAGGUCGGCCCUGCGGCGGUUCUUUACGUGCUGGCCCUGGCGGUCCUCUACAAGUUUAACAACAAGUUCACUGCGCUUUUCCUGGUCAUUGCAGGCGCGGUUGCUGGGCAGUUCCUCUUUGUCGAUCUCUAGCUGACGAUCAGCGGCCGGGAAGUGGAAGGGGGUCAACUAGGGGGGUCGGCCAUCGUGUAGUUGUGCAAGGCAUGACAUGGUGGUUGUAUGGUGCGAAGACCACCUUUCUUCCUCUUCUUGGUAUAUACGGGAUGAGAGAAAGGUAAAGAGCUAUCAAUUUAGACCUUCGCAAGGUUCGAGGAGGUUUAGAGAUGGGGGAAUGGGGAACCAAAAAGCACGACCUUUUCCACCCCCAAAACUGCAAGAGUGAUCGUGAUUGGGACCGAAGCUUCUAAUGACUACUAUGCCCCUUUUUUCUUCCCUGGGAGCCUUCAUCUUCGAAUUAAAUGGCCAACUCCUGUAUUAGUAAAUCCCGAAGGACAAGGAGCGAUCUCGACCCCUUGGCACUUAGGAGUUAACG